GUCCUUCGUGGGCUGCCGUAGGCUGUGUCAUCGGUAAAUAUCGCGAGUGCUGCUGUCAGACGGUGUAGCUAGCUGGGUUUUCACAUCUAAAAUGGCAUUUACUUUAUAUUCACUAAUCCAAGCAGCUAUCCUGUGCGUCAAUGCUGUGGCUGUGCUACACGAAGAAAGGUUUUUAAGUAAAAUUGGCUGGGGGGCGGACCAAAGUGUCGGAGGAUUUGGGGAUGAACCAGGCGUCAAAGCGCAGCUGAUGAAUCUGGUCCGCUCUGUAAGGACGGUGAUGAGAGUGCCACUCAUAGGGGUAAACUCAGUCUGCAUCGUGCUGCUGCUUCUGUUUGGAUGAAGAGGAGUGGAUGAACAGAUGCCCAUGACCUCAGGAAUCUCCAGUGAAGAAACUCUAUCUGACAUCCCAUUCACUCUGAUUAUAAUCUCCUGUUUUGGGAGAUUCUUAAAAAAUAUUUCCUUCUGAAAAAAUGAAACUGGAGACAUUUUAAAUUUACAAAAUCCUAAUUGCAUCAACAAACAAAUGUACUUACAAAAACAUAAAAAUAAAUGUCAAUUUUUUUUUUUUUUUUUUGUUGAAAAACUCAAUAAAUAUUUUUUAGAAAGA